CAAAGUUUAGUGUCACUGUCAAAUCCCAUCCUAUCCGGGAAUGAAAUCAUUACACCAAAAAAUGUUAUUUAUACGAUAAAUUACAAUAAACUACAAUAGAAAUAACAUGUAAAUAUGGCAGAAAAACUCAGACAAAUAGCGCAAAGGCUGAAAGACAAAGUGCAUUUACCUCAUUUAUCAAAUGGCCGUGAAACUCUUUUUGCGAAAUAUACCCCAGCAACCAAAGUUUCAGACAUAGCGGAUAAGUUGAAAUACGACACAGUAUCGAAGAAUUUGCGCGAAAUAGUAUCUAGAUAUGAAAAAUUCACGGGUGUCGAAGAAAUUAUGGCUAUUCAAAAAACUGUUGUGGAUGCACAGGAUAAAUUUAUGGCAGCUCAGGACAGAAGGCGGGAACUUGGUCGGCAGGUUGCCAGUGUGGAGAUGAGGCUGAAGGAGCUGCAUUCAGAGAUGCAGAAUACUAUGAAAGGCGAUGACAAGUACUUACACCUCUGUACUGAGGAACAUAAGCUUAUAGUACAAGAGCGCGCUCUCCGCGCAUUAUUCGGCGACGCUGAACGAGAGGAGAGGGAACUAUUCGCCACUAUGUCGGCUGCAGUCAAGCUGGGGCACGAGCGGGAGAGGGCUCACGCUGAGCGUAACAAAUACUGGUAUAUUGUCGCUUCUAUAUUGGGCACAGUCCUAGGUAUAGCCGGUUCCUCAAUAAACAAUCAUCUGAAGAUGUCGGAAUUCCGUCAGAUGAUGGAGCAGCAGAUGGCUCGGUCUGCCAGUGUACUCUACACCAUCGCCGGCGGUGGCAGCUCUACUAGGGCUGAUAUCACCGAGGCUAUGAAGACUGAAUUUGCUUACCAGGAUAAUCUCGCCAACAACUUGAAAUUAAUGCAGGAACAUAUAAAUGGUCUAGUCGCUACACAGGAAUCUUUGAUACAGCACCUACACCAUCGUGAAAAAACCGUAGACAAUCAACUAAGGGACCUUACUCGUGCAAUUGUAGCCGCUUCGCAAUCCAGUCAGAAAUCUGAUGCUGAGAUCACCAAAGCUUUAUCAGCUGUCCACCACGACCUGGAGGACGCGGACCAGAUCAAGGAAAUGGAUAAAAACAAGGUCUUAUUAGAACCAAAUCAGAUUUUAACCGGCGUUGGUAUUAUAAUGGCCAUGGCUGUCAUUUUAGGUAACAUCAUCGGUAGGGUCAGUUGAAUUUUUUUUUUAAAUUUCGUGUUGUGAGGUUCCUGCAUUGUAUUUGUGUGUGUAUAUGUUGUUAGUAAGUUACUAUUAAUAGUCUCGUAGGAGUGUAUUGUUAAUAUCAUUAGGUAUCGUCCAAAUAUUCAAAUGCUACUCAAUAGGGUAGUUGCCUAAUUUUUAUUUUAAUGUCCGUCUGGUACAUUAUUUUAAAUCAUUAGACACGUAUUUUUU